AUGUCCGCGACCGACUCACUUUGCGUUAUCUUUCGGUUGCGACAUCGGGACCGACGUGACUGGAUCGUCUCAGCCACUUUCCGGACGUAUAUCCUGACCAAUGCCGGAAGCGAAGUUGAUGCGGAAUUCGUGAUCAACGGCCGAGACCAAGAAAUCAGGAAGACUCGGCUUAGGGCUGGGGAUCAGAAAGAAAGUACAGUCAAGACGACGAUGUGCAGUAUCGAGGCGACGGAUCUCUGGCCAUUUCAGGACUCGGAGGACAACAUAUGUUGGAGCCUAGGAUACGAGAUAGCCCGGAUUUUGUUGAUUGACAGCUUGCUAAUGAGGCUUGGGAUGCAGGAAGUCCUGUCCAUACCGCUUCCUCUAGAAGCGGCAUUUCUCUCGCCUAUGAAGAUCUAUGCCAGUGUACACCAAGUCACCGAUUUCUCCGACACGCUUACAUUUCCGACGUAUGCGGGAUGCGUCUCGUUGGUGGUUUUCCUCCUCCAGCUGCUGUACAUGAGCUUGUGGAGAAAUCGGUCUGCUAGGAAGUCGGCUCCUGAAGACAUCUCAACGAAUAGCGCCGAUUCUGAUACAGUGUUUCCCGAAGAAGAAACUACCGAAGUCGAUACACAAUCACGUAUUGCGCGCCAUGACACUCCACAAGGGGGUUCGACUAUUUUUGCGUUCAACGUUGGCAAGCUGGUCGCAUGUGCAGUGUUGUUGACCUUGUCGCUCAUCUCUUGGGUUGUGAGCUUGUCUGAUGACGAUUCGUCGGCACUUGGUCUUUCGCAAACGUGGGUCUUAGGAGGCCUUUGUUUGACGCACGCAUAUGUCCUGAUCCUGACAUUCGUCCCUCUAUUGGCCAAACCGGCGUGGGGCUCGAUUGCCUCUGGACAUGCCACACUUGUCCUACUCUGCGCAUUGGCAGUAUAUUUAUAUCGCGAUGUGUGGCCAUACGCGACGUUCACACAAAAGCCGCUCGACACCUCUGAGGGCGUGAUGCUUUGGGUCAAGAUAGCCGAUCUGAUUGUUGCGGCGCUCAUCAUUCCUUUAUUUACGCCGAGAAUCCACGAGCCAUUCGAUGCUAAGGUAAGAAUACCAAACGGUACAAACCCAUCGUCACAUCCGCAUCCUGAGCAAACAACACCAAUCCUAUCGCUCAUGUUAUUCUCGUGGUUAGACGAGUUGGUAAUGAAAGCGUAUCGCAUGCCACAUCUUCCGGUCGACGAGCUUCCGCCCCUGGCCGAUACUGAUAGCGCGGGGAACCUGGUCAAGCGAGCGUUCAAGGUCCUCUCCGAGUUCGGUAACCCAGUAGGGAUCAAGUAUUUGCUCGCAUAUAUCGAGAGUGGUGGUGCCGACGCCGACGUGCGGCCCUGGGUCUGGAUUACAUGGUUCUUCAUCGGACCAAUGGCAGGAGUGAUUGUCUUUUCAUUAUACUACAUGGCUUCGAUGAGGGUGGCGGUGCAGCUGGAGGCUGUUGUCACCGAGCUCGUCUUCACCCACGCCCUUCGGAUCCGUAUGAAAGCCGAGACAUCGGAGGACGCACCUACCGCCCCUGUGACCCCCGUUAAUGCGUCAGCUGUGCCGUCGAGUGCAGCUCAGAGCGAGGAUGAGGCCACUGUUCGUGAGGAAGAGACAUUCGCGGAUUCGACUACUGCGAGCACUCAGUCAGCUAAGGCUAAGCAAAAGUCAAAAAGCACACCCGAGCAAGCGGUUGUGUUGACUCAGCCGACAGCAGGCGAAGAGAAGGACAGGGACAAGGACAAAAGUCUCGUUGGUAAAAUCAACAAUUUAAUCACGAGUGAUCUCGCAAAUAUCACCAAAGGGCUUGAGUAUGCUCAGAUCUUCGUACGAGUUCCUGUUCAGCUUGUGUUGUGCGUCUGGUUUCUUUACACGAUCCUCGGAUGGAGUGCUACUUCCCGUUUCUGGAAUGCUUGCGAACAUGCUACGCGGAAUACAAACUACACGAUCGAAGAGGCCCUGGGUGUGAUCCGGAUGGUCAAGUUGUUCGGCUGGGAAUCGCACUUGAUGCGUCAGAUAUCGAAGAAGCGUGAAGACGAGCUAGCUUGGUUGAGGAAGAGCAGACUGCUGAACCUUUUCAACAGCAUGGUCGACUACUUUAUUCCGUUGUCGACAAUGAUGAUCACGUAUUGGACCUAUAUGGGCGUAGCGUUCUCAAUGCUCACUAGCCAGAUCCACGUGUGCUUCGGGCUACUCCCGGAAUUCAUUCAAGGUAUUACGGAACUUCUGGACGACUUCUCCGAAAACACCAGCCCCAAUCCUGACGAGCGAAGAAUCCAUAGCAGUGCUACAGACCUUGAUGUGAUUGGCUUCCGAGACGCGACGUUCACAUGGGCCAAUGAAGAGCAGGCACCGCCUGAUGGACGUUCACGGCAGAGAUUCAUGUUACGCAUCGAGAACGAGCUCACAUUCAAGCAGGGUUAUAUCAAUCUCAUCGUCGGCCCUACAGGCUCCGGGAAGACCUCGAUGCUGAUGGCCCUAUUGGGUACGAUGGCUCCAGAAUCUCGGAUUGGGAAUGAGGAACUCAACAUGGCGAUGCUAUCUGAGCUUAUGCGCCGCAUCAGCAAAACAUCCUGUUUGGUGCAACGUACGACGAAGCACGGUACAACAAAGUGUGGAUUGAAACGAGACUUGGAGCUAUUCGACGCCGGUGAUAUGACGGAAGUUGGCGAGAGAGGAAUAACGCUCAGUGGAGGUCAAAAGGUGAUACAUCUGGAAACUCCCGAGACGUCAGCUGCACGGGUUACUCUCGCUCGUGCGGUAUACUCGACCGCUGAGAUAUUUCUGCUUGAUGACAUAUUGGCGGCUCUUGAUGUGCACACUGCUCGCUGGAUAGUUGAGAAAUGCUUGAAGGGUGACCUUAUCCGAGGUCGAACCGUACUCCUGGUCACUCAUAAUAUCGCAAUGGCGAGCCCUGUGUCUCAGUUUGUUGUUUCUCUUGGAGUUGAUGGACGAGUCUUAAGUCAAGGAUCGCUCUCGAGCGCUCUGGCGCAUGACAAGACGCUUGCUGCUGAAACAGAAAAAGACCGCCAAGCCAUCGAAAAGGUCGAAUAUGAUGCCAUUGCGGAAGACGUCUACGAGAGUGCCAAGAAGGCCAGUGGGAAAUUGAUUUUGGAGGAGGAGAUUGCUGAAGGCCACGUUGGCUGGUCAGCAGUGAAGCUGUACUUGACAAACCUUGGGGGCCGACACCAAAUUAUCUUCUGGAUCGGUUGCUUGGGUGCUCUCUUCGUGUCCGAGUGCAUCGAAACUUCCCAGGUGUGGUAUCUAGGUUAUUGGGCACGACAGUACGAGGAGCAUCCCGCGAAUGAGGUCAAGGUAUCAUUGUACCUGUUUGGGUACGCCACUCUACUGCUAGUGUCAUUGGCGUUUUACGCCUUGCACUACACGGUGUACACAUUUGGGACCAUCAGAGCCUCAAAAAUCAUCCACAACUCCCUGUUCGCAUGCGUGCUUGGUACCACAUUGAGGGUACUCGGUAACAUCAUGAACACGAGCGACGCAAUGAUUGUCAAGCUUGCGGCUGUGGUCCUCAUGUCUCCAUUCUUCUUGAUUCCUGGAGUUUUGCUCGUAGCAUUGGGAGGGUGGAUCGGUCAACUGUACAUGAAGGUGCAGUUGUCCGUCAAGCGCGAGAAGAGCACUGCGCAAGCCCCUGUUCUAGGCCUAUUUGGCGCUGCAUUCGCGGGCCUUGGUAUCCUGGAGCGCAUCAAACAGUAUAUGGACAUAGAACAGGAGCCUAAAUCUACUGACAGUGGAGUUCCUCCGGCAUAUUGGCCUUCAAGUGGAGAUCUGAAAGUCGAGAACCUGUCAGCCCGAUACUCACCGAAAUGGCAGGAUGGUCCCCUUGUAUUACAAGACAUCUCAUUCGAAGUAAAGUCCGGGGAACGAGUGGGCAUCGUGGGACGCACUGGAAGUGGCAAGAGCUCCUUGACGUUGGCUCUCCUGCGGUGUAUAGUGACGGAAGGCAAGGUAUACUAUGACGGUCUUCCAACCGAUAACCUCAAUCUCGAGGCACUCCGCUCGCAUAUCACUAUCAUUCCUCAAAUGCCCGAGCUCCUCAGUGGAACGCUGCGUCAAAAUCUCGAUCCAUUUGAAGACUACGACGACGCGGUUCUCAACGAUGCACUUCGCUCGGCUGGAUUGUUCAUCCUGCAACAAGACAUGGACGAGGGCCGCAUAACACUGGAUACCCAAAUAUCCAGUGGCGGAAGCAACCUGUCGGUCGGCCAGAGGCAAAUUCUGGCGCUUGCUAGGGCCAUCGUGCGGCAGAGCAAGCUCCUGAUUCUGGAUGAAGAUUAUGACACCGAUGCCGUCAUCCAAGAAUCCUUGCGCAAGGAACUGGAGAACGGCGUCACAGUGCUGACGGUCGCACAUCGUCUCCAAACCAUCAUGGACGCAGACAAAAUUAUGGUGCUGGAUGCGGGCCGAAUCGUUGAAUAUGACAAGCCCAGCGAACUUCUCAAAAACAAAAAUGGCCACCUUCAUGCAUUGGGGAAGGAGAGCGGAGAUGUAGAGAAGUUGUACGCUAUGGCCGCAGGAGCGGGGGCUUCUGCCUAA